AUGCAGAAUAGUCCAGAAGUCGACUAUUUCGAAAUUUUCAUCGUAGCAGAAGCAAAGGCAGCAGAAGCACCACCUCGCUGGAAUGGGACAUGGUUGUGCUCGCAUGUAGAGGCUGCCUUACACCUCCAGUUGCAGCAAGGCGAUUUGGAACUCGUCUCAGGCUGCCUCCUCUUCCCCAUCCCCAGGCCGUUGAGCCACUGCGCCAAGGGCCUCUGGGAGUUGUGA